UUUUUUUUUUUGCAAAACAUGUCGUCCCCGUCCUCCUCCUCCAGGCGCCAGUGGUGCUACCUGUGCGACCUGCCGAAGAUGCCGUGGACGGUGGUGUGGGACUUCAGCGAGGUGGUCUGCCGUGGCUGCGUGAACUACGAGGGAGCUAACCAGAUCGAGUUCCUGAUCGCGAGUGCCCGACAGCUGAAGCGGACACAUGGGCUGCAGGAUGGAAACGUCAGGUCACCUGGUCCUUCGCCGAAUAAACACGGCACAUCUGGCAGAGGGGAAGCAGCGGCGGCAGCAGCAGCAGCAGCGGACGGAGGGAGGCCACACUCGGAGCGUUUCGAAAGGGGGGUGAGAGGAGAAAGCACCGGGUCGGCUAUACGUGUGCCCCCCAACGGGCUGCACCGUGACGGACAGCCGCCUCCUGAAGUGAACCGCCAGAGUCCCAGCGGCAGCAGGAGACCCAUGCUGGGCGCUGCCAUCCCUCCCAGUUUAGUGACUCAAACCAUCGCAGGGAUCCCCCACGGUCUUCUCACAGGCAUGCCUGCGGGUCUGACCGCCCGGACAGCCCCCAUGAGUAACCCUAUGAUCUUUCCUGCCCCUGUGCUGGCCGAGAUGAGUCGUAGACAGCUGGGCAUAGGGAUGGGGAUAGCCCCCUUUAUCACGCCAGAGCUGGAGCGAGAGCUCAGUUCGUCCCAGAACCAGCCCAAGAUAAUGUCACAAGUCCACACUGCUGUGGCAGGAAGCAGCAGCAGCAGCAGCAGCAACAGCAAGAGUUCAGGUCUGCCUUCUUCUUCGUCCUCGUCCAUGGCUGGAGGUGUAAGCCAGACCAGCCCAAAGCCUGCCUCAUCUCCAGCCAGGCAACCCCGCCCCCUCACAGCGAGGUCUGGAGGGGAGCCCCUAGGAUCAAGCUCCUCUGCAGAGGCAGCGACCACUGCUGCAGCAUUACCCCACAGUGGGGCCUCUGAACUGGGGUCUGCAUCAGCCAACAAUACCCAUUCGACCGGAAACACUCUUUCCUGCACCUUGUGUCACGAGAGGCUGGAGGACACACACUUUGUUCAGUGUCCAUCAGUGCCAGGACACAGGUUCUGUUUCCCCUGCACCCGAGUGUACAUCCAGAGCCGGCGGGGUGACGGUGAGGUGUACUGCCCCAGCGGAGAGCGCUGUCCGUUGGAUAACUCCCCCAACAGUCCUCCUUGGGCCUUCAUGCAGGGCGAGGUCUCCACCAUACUGGGCACAGGCGGGGCAGGAGCGGCACCGGCUGCUGCCUCUGGAGCCGGGAACGCGCCGGGACCUGGUCCUGGAGCUGCAGGAGCGUCUUCAUCCGGGGCUGGGAAUGGAUCUGCUGGCGGAGGUGGAAGUGGAGAUGUCACUGUCAAGAAAGAGAGAGAGACGUGAUGAUGAUCGUCAUGGCAACCAGAACCCAACACAGCAACAGGCAGAGUCGUGUCACACAUCAGGAGGAGGAGACCUCUGCACCCGGCUGCUGAGAGAUCCAGAAGAGAAGCUACAACGUGCUGCACAGCUCAGAAAAAGCUCCAUCACACAGGUCUUUAUACUCACACCGCCAGAUUUUUAAUCACAUAGUCCGACCUCACCACAUACCAGACUGAUGGUCUAUUGGUUUCAUGACUCUGCAAAACUUUUUUUUUUAUUUGUAAUGAGAAUGUGACGACUAUAUUCAGUAAUCAAAAUACAUUUCCUCUUGUGCUGCUGCAGCAACGAGCAGCAAUCUAUCAAAUAUUAACCACAAAUUAACGGCUGAACUGUGACUACUUUCCUUUGUAGAGUUAACCCUCGCUUCACGAGUUUAACGUCUGAUCAGAGCCAAAAAUAUUUUUUUAAACUUGGCAGCUGGAGAUCAAAGAGUUUCACACAUUUACAUGACUACUCCCCCUAUCAGAACUAUUUAAAAGAUGCUGUACUUACACUAAUCAAUAUUCACACAGCAACUUGAAUAUGCACCUUAAGAAACCACUAGUGCCACUCAAAUCUCUCCAUGUGGCUACCAGUGUGUUCACAUGUAAUAGACUUUGUUUUCUAAGGAAAGCUAGCAUAGCUGCUAACGGUAGCUCAUUAGCAGACCUGACUCUUCUAAACAGUCAGAGAGUAGCCACAGUCCAGUGUUGAUUGUCAAUAUGGUGUUCGCGUAAGAAAGCACAAUAAAAACAGUAGCCACGGUUGUUUUGUAUCUUUUCCCUGUUGAUGAGUGAAACGCUGGCUGGCAGCACAUCACACGAGGUCAGACAUCAGACUGUUCAACAUUCAAUCCAGGCGGCUCCAAGGAGGAACAAGUUGGUACUUAACCAUCGGACUGAAUCUCAUUUCCCCCUUCCUGUGCUCGGUCUAAAUUAAGUCUCUGUGCUUCUACAAAUCCAGUUUAUAUUUACAACUGACAUGGAAGUGAAAGUUCUGAUGAAAGAGUGUACCUUUAACGUCAUGAUCUCUGCUUUGUUCCUGACUGAAAUCUGUGUCCGAGAUUUAACUCUGUGACGGAUCGUUCAAACUUGACAUGAACAGAAAAACCAACAAGAGAUGUUGACAGAAUGCCAGGAGAGACUUUUCUCUGUACGUCCGUGUAUUUGUUUUUUUUGGUGGUCAACUUCAGAUAAAGCCGGCUUUGACUCAGAGAAGAGAAAACAAACAUCCAGUGAAUCUGUGGACAAGCCGUGGACACGCUCUGUGUUUAAACGUUGCUUUCAUACAAGAUCCAGCCCAGCCUCCGCUUUACCAUGAAUGUAUAUGAAAAGAUAUCUGAUAGGCCUAGGACGAUAUUUUAUACUAGAAUGUUCAAUGUUAUAUACUCUAUAGAUCUAUUAUAGUAUGUAUGUGCAAUCCUUGGUCAUAGUAUAUAUGCAACUAUUUGGAAUAAGUCAUUCAAAGCGUGUGUGUAUCAUUUCUUUAACCCUUUGUUUUCCAAAGGGAGAAUCCACCUUCAGGCAGUAAAUGUUCCUCUUUCACCCUGAAAGGUUUGUUGAUUCGGUUUCCCCAAACACGAGACACUUUAAUGAAGCCUUAUCGAGUGGAGCACGUUCAUGUUCUGAAAUCUUAUGUGUAGCAGUAAAAAUCAACAAACGCUGUCACAGUCUGAAGGUUACUCUCCAUGUUCUAUCACCUUUAGUGGAUUUAACCUGCAGAGAGGCUCGGACAUUUAACAAGUGCAUGAAGAAUGAACGGCAGAAAAGGAGACUAUGAACAUGUUAGAGUAUGCUCGCUCUCUUUACACACAUGUAACGGUUAUAAAGAUGAGGUCAUCAUUUUAAAAACAUAAAACUGUGAAGUUAGGAGACGUCCCUGUGGAGGACUCAUCCAUAUUUUACAGACUGGAUUUAAAACAGUGUUGGACAAAGAGUCCAACACUUUGAUCAAUGCAUUCAGGAAUACGUCUUGAGGUGGAUUCUCCCUUUACGUACUUUGUACUCAUCAGUACAGACGCACACACAAACCAAAGGUAACUUAAUGCCCAACUGAUGUUUGUGGAUGUUGAUGUUUUAUUAAAAAAAAAAUAUAAAGCUAUAUUUCUUGGCCAGUGGAAACUGGUUUUCUUCAUCAAACAGUUCCAGGUAACAGGACCAUGUGGUCUACUGUACUUCUGGGAUCAUCCCACAGAUCAGGUCUGUUCUAAACGUGGAAUUUGAGUUGACUAUAUGCACUGAUACAUCAUGCAAUCCCUUGCUAAAGUGCCUUUUUCAAAUGUUUACCGCCUGCUUGUGUGUCUGGGAACCUCAGGGGAAGUCGGAGUGCAAUGACUUUUUUUUUUUAUUGUUGAGUCAAUGAUUAACCUGUUUCCCUUCAGUCGCCAUCAGACGGCUUGGCUUUAUUCUGAAGCUUUUUGUAAAGUCCACUCAUUGUUUGAUACGCUCUCUCCCUGCAUCCCAGCGCUCUCUCUCUCUUCUUUCAUUCAUGUGUCCAGUUUUUAGAUUUGUCAGUUUUAUUGCAGCUUCGUGUACAAAAAUAGAAAGCAGGAAUAAAAGGGGAUGGAAACGUGUCA